UCAUUAUUGUCAGUUGACUUCGAUACCUCGUUGAGUCUGCACGUGAACAAGUUUUAGUGCGUUUCAAUAUAUAAAAAUAUUUCCUCAUUUUUAUACACAUAUGUACACAUGUAAACCACACAACAAAGUUCACAAGAAUUAUUUUCAAUUUGAUGACAUAGAAUCGGACGAAGUAUUGAAUUCGAGUUCUAGUUCGAAGUAAACAGAAAUAUAUCAAAUCGGUUAUAACAUUUAUUUCGUUUAUUUUUUGCGCGCGUGCUUCUUCUUCAACAAAUUCAUUUGUGCACGAUCGAUUGCAAAUCAACGAAUUGUUAAGAGACAAUAGAAAAAAAAUACAUACACACCCGCAAAAAGGACAGUCCAAAGACUUUGUCUUCGAUUGAUGUUUUCGACAAUUAAUUCGAUUACAUUGCAACACACUGUGCAAGUGAAUAAGAUAAAACUUAAUCGACAUUUAGUUCAGGUGCUGAGUGACAAUCAGUGCAAGUGAUAUCAAGAGAGACCAACAGAAAAAAAAACAGAAAUACGAAGAUAAACAAAUUGUGCGAAUAUUAUAGGACAACGAACAACAUUGAGUCUUAAAUUCCAGCACAAUAGCACAACGGCAGCGUGUACCUGAAUCAAAUAAACAAAUAAAAAAAUCAACCCGAAAAAUAACAAGAACAAGAACAUAUAAAAAAAAUUUGAUGCUUGAUCGCUCAUUAUCAAAUAAACACCAACGCCAUAAAAAAGCGAAACACUCACAAAAAUUUGCUCAAUUUGUGACUGAAUUUGAAUCAAAAUCAAGCGAGAUUUUUGAUCCUUUUUUCUAUCAAGCAAAACGUUAGACACGAAGAAACUUUGCUCAAUUUAAGUGAUUCAAAAGCACUUCAUAAGUGACAAUAUACAGUGUGUUUAUGUGUUUGUGUUGUUUACCUGCUCGAUGGAUUAAUAUCUUAAGUUAAAUUGAAACAACGUACAACAUUCACACAUCCAAACAAAACGAAAACCAAAAAGAAAAACAAAAACAAAAAUAAAAACCCGAAUCAAAUGUAAUUUGAAAGGAUUGCGUGAAAGACUGUGACAAAGAAAAGAAAAGACAAACAAAUCAAUAAUCGAACAGAUUCUCCUCGAUUUUAUUUGUUUCGAUAAAUUUCAUGCGACGAUUUUGAUUUUAUUUAUUUAACUGAAAUCGCAUUGUUCAAAACGCAGCCCAUAAAUUAAAAACAGAACAAUAGCAACACGGUACAAUUGAAUGAACGACAAAUACUAUCGACGGCCACAAAAAAGUACAUAUAUAAGAGCAUGCCGUUGGUUCAAUUGACAUUUUGAACUGAUUGCUUUAAUAAUUUCAAAUUAAACGGUUCUACAAGUUUUCGAGUGUGCUUUCGAUUCAGUUACUACUGUUCAAAAUAAAAAUAAGAAAAAUAGACGAAAUUGCAAAAGGGCAAAGUACGAAUUAGAGAGAGAGCAUAUCACGGGCGCAACGCGAAGAGAAAACGAGAGCGAAAAAAAAGGCAAAGGCAAUUCGCAUUGAAAUCGAAUUGCAGUGUGAUAUGUGUAAAAGUUUUCGACUGUAAAAACUGGAAAAUUUUGGAGACUUUCUCCAAAAAUGGCCACAACUUAUAUGACUUCAUCGGGAGAAUUAGAUAUGGCACUGGGAGCUGCAUAUCACACACCGUCGCCGAGAAGCGGCACAGAUGCAGGCGAAAUGAAAUACUUGCACCACCAUCAUCCAAAUCAUACCGCACAUCAUCAUCAUGUACCAUCGAGUCCAAGCCCAAACACGGGCGGUGCAUUGACCAGCAGCUUAAGCUCAAAUCCAUGGUCAGCGUUGCAUCCAAACGAUCCAUGGGGAUUGCAAUCGCAUCAUGGUCACCAUCAUCCAGCUGAUGUGAAACCAGAAAUGUCACAUUUGGCACAACAAAGUAGAGUACAACAGGGAAUGGCAUCGCCACAUGGUUGGCAUGCACCAGUACAUGCAGCUUCGCAUUAUGCACCAACCGGCGGUUCACCGCUCCAAUAUCACCCGGCUAUGAAUGGUAUGCAUCAUCUCACAGGACAUCCGCAUCAUCAAAGCGUAGCUCCUUUACAUCAUGCGCUACGAGAAUCGCCACAAUUGCAUUUACAUUCACAUCAUUUGCAAGGCGAUCGAGAUGUAAGCGCCGGCGAAGAGGACACACCAACAUCAGAUGAUUUAGAGGCAUUCGCAAAACAAUUCAAACAGCGACGAAUUAAAUUAGGUUUUACACAAGCCGACGUCGGUUUGGCGCUAGGUACACUUUAUGGAAAUGUCUUUUCACAAACAACGAUAUGCCGUUUCGAGGCUUUACAAUUAAGUUUUAAGAAUAUGUGCAAAUUGAAGCCAUUGCUACAAAAAUGGCUGGAAGAGGCUGACUCAACGACCGGCUCACCAACUAGCAUCGAUAAAAUAGCCGCACAAGGUCGAAAACGUAAAAAGCGUACAAGCAUUGAAGUAUCGGUAAAAGGUGCAUUAGAACAGCAUUUCCAUAAACAACCAAAACCGUCAGCACAAGAGAUUUCAUCGUUGGCCGAUUCACUGCAACUCGAAAAAGAAGUGGUGCGUGUUUGGUUCUGCAAUCGACGGCAAAAAGAAAAACGAAUGACACCUCCAAAUACAAUAGGCGGUGAUAUGAUGGACGGUAUGCCACCAUCGCAUAUGCACGGACAUGGUGGCUAUCAUCAUCAUGACAUACACGGAAGUCCAAUGGGAACACAUAGCCAUUCACAUAGUCCCCCAAUGCUUAGUCCACAAAAUAUGCAAAAUCCAAAUGCUCACCAGUUGACGGCUCACUAGCAAUCAGAGAUCCAGGACUCCAUGUCGUCUGCCCAGUUUGCUAGUGGAUCGAGCCCAUCGAAAAUGUUACCAACAUCACAAAUGGCCAUGUACAUCGAUCAUCGCUAUCA